AUGGAUCACACGCUGUUCGGCUGCCUGCGGAGCCCCCACGCCCCGGCACAGGCCCUCCACCCCGCCUUCACCCAGUCGCCCCUGACUCUGCACGGGCGCUCGGACCACGUCUCCUACCCCGACCUGGCCUCCUCGUCCUCCUCCUCCUCCACCUCCUCACCGGCGCCCUGCAUCAUCUCCAGCUACCCGGUGGACGACGGCCUGUUCCCCGGGCAGCACCACCACCACCACCACCACCCCCACCCACACUCACACCGCGGCCACCUGCCCUCCCAUCAGCAUCACCACCAGCCUCAGCACCAUGCGUCCUGGCACAUCCCACAGAUGCCUUCACCUGGCGCCACCACGCGCCACAACCUGUGCCACCCGCUCUCCCUCUCGUCCCACGACAGCGGGCCCACCCCCCCGGACCUGGGCCACCCUGGUGGGCCCAGCAUGUGUGCCAGCACUCCCAGUCUGGGCAGUGGCAGCACCCCCACAGGGGCCUCCUGUGUGCCGGCAGACUUUGGCAGACAGACUCUGUCACCUGCUGAGGCCGAGAAGAGGAACAGCAAGAGGAAAAGUGACAGUUCAGAGUCCCAGGACGGGAAUUACAAGUCAGACGUGAGCAGCAAGCCCAGGAAGGAGAGGACGGCGUUCACCAAGGAGCAGAUCCGAGAGCUGGAGGCCGAGUUCGCCCACCACAACUACCUGACCCGGCUCCGGCGCUACGAGAUCGCCGUGAACCUGGACCUCACCGAGAGACAAGUGAAGGUGUGGUUCCAGAACAGGAGGAUGAAGUGGAAACGGGUGAAGGGCGGCCAGCAGGGGGCGGCGGCCCGAGAGAAAGAACUGGGGAACGUGAAAAAGGGAACUUUGCUGCCGUCCGAGUUCUCCGGCAUCGCGGCGCUCCACCACUCGACGGACUCCUUAGCCAAUGAGGACAGUCACGACAGCGACCAGAGCUCCGAGCACGCCCACUUGUGA